AUGACUUCUUCCUUCAGCAAUAAUGCGCCCGCCACCAAUUUCAAUUGUCUGGAAUCGGAUCCACAAUUUUACCUGCACGGUACAAAAUACGCAGAAUACGACGGCUAUUCGCAUCAGUAUACGCCGCCGUAUCCACGUUAUCACCAGCCGUAUUCACCGAUUCGGCUGGAUGUCCCUUGCAAUUUAACACCCCCGCAAACGGACAAAACUCCACCAUAUGAUUUGACAUGUUUCACCAGUAGUCCUCGCUUAGGUCAUGUCACCAGUGCUUUAACCCAUCAUGCAUUUGAUCUGAGCCAAUGCAAUCAAACUUUCUUCAAUCAACAUUCCACCAACGUUGGAUCGUACCGAUCCGAUUUCAGCAAUUCCGGUGCUAUCACCGAUAUUGAUUAUGACAGCAGCAAAAUCAUAUCGCCUUCAUUUACUCCCCCCUCUUCAAACCCUUUUGAAGUUGCUCCGACUUCUGUUCAUUCAAAUGCAGCAGAGAAUAACAGCUCAGGACAUGCAGAUUCAUCUGUUUCCCCAUCUAAUGGUCAGAGUCAAACACCGAAUCCGGCGAAAAACCUUUAUCCGUGGAUGAAAUCGCACUCAGACUCCGCACCGGGUCCCAAAAGGAGCAGGCAAACGUAUACUAGAUAUCAAACUUUGGAACUGGAGAAAGAAUUUCACUUUAAUCGGUAUUUGACGAGGAGACGUCGAAUCGAAAUUGCUCAUACACUAGGACUCACAGAGCGACAGAUAAAGAUUUGGUUCCAGAAUCGCAGGAUGAAAGCCAAGAAAGAGAACAAAUUUCCUUCACCAACUUCAAGCUCCUUGGCUAGUCCAACCAACCAAAGUUGCAAUCAAAACAGUAAUUCCUCAGACAUCUCAGAUGUUCUCCAUAGCAAGGACGACUUAUUGCACAUGAACGGACUUCGGGAUCACAUUGCUCGUGUUCAAGCAAAAGAUGAUAUCUUAUUGCUUCAUCAUCAAAGAGAUGCUUUAAUUACUUAA